ACACACACACACACACAAACGCGCGCGCGCAUACGCCCCUCUUUUAUUUUGCUACUCAGCUUUUGAAGCCAUCUCUUGUCACUGCCCCUUAGAUGUCACCAUUUUCAUUCCAAGUGCCUAUUUGCUGACAUGUGCUCUCUUGUGCAAUCGGUUAACUGUAUUGAAACAUAGGGGAUAUUUGUUGAAACAGAAGGCAUUGUCUCUACUACACAUUUGGAGCUCCACUCAGGACUGUAUGAGUAGCUUUUUCAAUGGGAGCAUAGAUGAAAAAAAAAAGUAGGAGCAGUGCACCGUGAAAUUUCUUGGCAAUUAGUUUUAUUAUUGUUGUUUUUGUAUUUAAUGUAGUACAUAGAGUGCGAUAGUCUUUACUGCAAAAAAAAUAUGUUGGUCAAGGUGGGUGGAGGGUUAAGCCCAAUUUAUGCUGAGAAUCCAGAUUGUCUGCAUAGUGUUUAAGAUGCCUUGUAGAUUCCUCAUAGAGUUGUCUGCGUAGUGCAGGGACUUUGCGCUCAUCUCCCAAAAAAAAAUACUGUCUCUGUAAAGCUUUGCAGACAAACGCAGCAGCCGCUCUGAUUGGUCCUCUCGACCAAAGCCUCUGCUCUGCUCUCGACAGCAAGCAACUACUUCCUUGUUCCAACCUUCGCCGUGUUGGCAGUUUGUGAUGCAAUGCAAGUUGAUAUUCAUUACCUCCGCCAAGGAGACAGGUGUAAAGAGGAACGGUUAAACACAACAAUGUCCAAACCCCCAAACCCCCAGUCCCACUCGCGCUCCAGGUCAGCGUCCCGCUCCAGGUCCCGCUCCUAUUCCAGGUCCCGGUCCAGAAGUCGCUCACGCUCCCGGAAGUAUCGCUACAGUUCCAGAUCUCGAUCCCGGUCCAGGUCUCAUUCCCCGUCCCACAGCCGUGACAGGGGCUACUCCAAUCGAGACUAUCAGAACAACCGCGGAGGCUACCGUGGGGGCUACAACCGUGGCUUUCGGCGCCCUUACUACCCCAGAGGCAGAGGCCGCGGCUUUUACCCGCGCCGCUUUCAGCGUGGCGGCGGGGCCGGUAACUAUGGUUACCGCAGCAACAACUGGCAGGGUGAUUACAAGAACCGUGAUCACCAAGGCCAGCACGACCCUUAUCGCGAGCACAGCCCGCGCCGUGGCCGCUCCCGCUCUCCACGUGGCCGCGGCCGAUCAGGCAGUCGCUCGCGGUCGCGCUCCCGCUCGUACCGCUCGUCGUCCGACCGCUCGCGCCACUCCAGCACCUCCUCCCGCUCCUCCCGCUCCCCACGCCGACGCCGCAGUGGCAGCGGAGACAAGCGCGGCUCCCGCGACCGAAAAGAGCAGCGGCGCUCUGGCUCCAGGGCCAGCAAGGACGGAGGAGGAGGCGCUGCUGCGGGAGAUGCUGGCGUCUCCACAGCAACGGGAACGGCCAACGCAGCCAACGAAGCCCCUGUUUCACUGGACCGGAGCAAGUGGAAGGGUCUGACUGAAUACGAGGCUAGCCCCAAGCGCACCAGUCCAGGAUCAAGGCCCGGGGCUCAGGAGGCAACGACGGGCCCCAGCCAAAAGACAACAGGCCUGUGGAAGACCAUCGGCACUGCUGUGCCAUCUGACCCAAGCCCUCCUAAGUCCUCGUCCACAUCAGGGGGCGCUUCAGCCUCCACAGGGUUUGGGUUCUUCUCCAAAGCAGACUUCCGCUCAGGAGAGAAGACUGCCAUCUCCACUGCUUUCAAGAAGUUUUUAGCUGAGCAAGGCAAGAAAACAGUUGAGCGGGAGGGUGAUCCCGCGUCCACAUCAGCCGACACAGAAAACGCGGCCGUCAAAACGCGCGCCACCCCGUCCUCGUACACCUCCUAUGACCCCAGCCCUGGAUACGGUGCCCCCAAGUCAGACAAGAAUGUGCCAUUCCUGGAUGAAGACCUGGACAUGGAGUUCAACACCGCCGACAGGAAGAGCGAGAACAAGACCUUGCUCUCUGCCCGCGUCCUUGCCGAGGAGCGCUUUGGCAAGUGGGACGACUCCGACUAUCCCACCACCAACAAGGAGCCUCCGGAAGACGUGGAGGAGGAGCUGCAGCACAUGGAGGAGGAGCUGUAUCACAGCCGCAAGCAGGCGGCGCAACGCAAGGAGGAGCGUAGCGCCAAAAAGAAGGAGAAGAAGAAGAACAGGGUCCAGAGCCCACCCUCCCCAGCGGCAGUACCUGCGAGAACGGCACCAGAGGGUUCUCGGACGCGCCCACUUUUCCCCGUAGGGCGGGAUGAUUCGCCUCCAAGCCGUUCGUCAGGAAAGAGAGACGAUGACUUGAACUUUACCAUCAAGCACUAUCAAGACGAUGGAGAAGGCAGCGGCGCCGCUUCAGGCUCCAUGGCUAAAGAGCGGCGUUUGUCCCGUGAUCUGGUCCACCCCAGUAAGAAGGAUCAGGAGUUUCGCUCUAUAUUCCAGCACAUCCAGGCGGCACAGCUGCGCCGUAGCCCCUCCGAGCUCUAUGCUCAGCACAUCGUCACCAUCGUACACCACAUCAAAGCUCAACACUUCCGAUCCUCUGGAUUGACUCUAAAUGAGCGGUUUGCCAUGUACCAAAGACGAGCCACAGAGAUGGAAAUGACGAAGCCAAAGAAAAGCCCAGAGAUUCACAGGAGAAUUGAUGUGUCUCCCAGUGCCUUUAAGAGGCACGCACACCUGUUUGAGGAAUUCGAGGAGACCAGCUACAAGGAGGGUAAAAAGUAUGAGGGCGGCGACCUGCGUCUGGACAUUGAGAGGCGCAAGAAGUACCCCGCUAAGGAGCGAGAGCACAAGCGGGACGGGGGCAAGGGCUCUGGUGGCUCCAGGGGUCCGAGCAGGGAGCGCUCCGUUGAAAAGUCCUCCAAACACCACAAGAAAUCCAAGAAAAAUAAGAAGAAGCGAGAGCGCUCUCCCUCUUCCUCUUCCUCCUCUUCAUCCCCCUCCCCCUCCUACAGGGGAAAGGAGUACAUGGGGGAAGAUAUGGACCUUGAGGAAGGGGGUUACGGCAGACCACGUCUAGGUGGACCACGAGAGUACCCUGUGGACCACCGGGGUCCGCCGCCGGUCCCACGUGAAUUUGAGGGUCACGGCGGUGGCGACCGUGGCCGUGGAGGUUACGGACGUGGCCGCGGGGUCUUUGAGGGAGGUCGAGGAGGAUUUCAACCAAGGAUAAGAGGCAGAGGAUGGGGGCGAGGCAAUUACCCUGGCAACAGUAACAACGGCAACCCCCAGCAGAUGGGUGUGCCUGUGCGCCCCGCUGAAGAAGAGUGGGACCCAGAGUACACCCCUAAAAGCAGGAAAUACUACCUUCAUGACGACCGUGACGGAGAGAGGGAGAGUAAGUGGGUGGACAUGCGGGGCCGUGGCCGUGGCGGGCCCUAUCCGCGCGGUGGCCGGGGCUUUGUGUUCCGGAAGGGCGGUGGAGGAGGCAGCAGCCCCAAGUGGACCCACGACAUGUUCCAGGGCUCAGAGGAAGGUGAACUCGGCGACAGCAAUGGCUCCGACAUCAACCACAAGGACGAGGAGAAGGCUGGUGAUGCAGCCAUGUCGAAAAUGUGACAUUGAGAUUAGCGUUUGCAGUCCUCGUCACCUAUGCUCCUCUCCGCCCCCUGUAUUUGCAAAGUUAAGUUAUAUUUUUAUGUUUCAUUUUUUUAUUGUGUAAAUGUCAAGCCAUUGAAGCCCAAAUUACACUUGUUUGUAGUGUCACUGUAUUGAACACAUCAGAAUGUAAUUGUUUCGGUGGACUAUUGGAGCCUUUGCUAGAUGGAAGUUCUAAAAGUGGGGGUUAUGGUUGGUUUAAAAGCAAAACACCAUGUAACUUCUACACAUUUUACAAUAAAUGUUUUAUUUGCAUUGCUUUGCAUUCAGUAGGAGGUACAUUUUGCUUACCAUCUCAGCUGUGAAACUUUAUCAUAAUGAUCAGUUGUAUUUGAGAAAAUAAUCAAAACUUUUAUGUACCACUCUGUUUUUAUUUUUAUGUCCUUAAAAUAGGCAUGUUGAAGUACUUGUGCCUUAGGUGACAUAAAACACUGUACGGAUUUCUGUGUCACAUGUGCUGUUUAUUAAUGUAGUGCUUACAUGUUUAAUUUUUUUUUUCCAAUGUCUUGUCAUGCGUCUGCCUGGGGUGGGGAAAAGUACAGAUCCUUUCAAAAAAAAAAGUUAAAAAAAAAAAAAAAAGAAAGCAAAUACUUACAGUAGUUGAAAAUGUGGACAAUGAGUUUAUAAUCUUUGAAAAUGUAAAAUUUUUAAUGUAUUAUGGUAAUAACUUCUCCCUGAUAGUAUUUUUUAUUUUUUUUUGAAAGGAUCCGUAAGCCUUGCCUUCUUGUCUUCUCCGGGACCAAUGCACUGAACUGCCAGUUCGUACGUAAAAAGAGUUAUUGUAUACCCCCUGGCAGUGUCAGAUAGGCGCCAUUCUUAUUUGACUGUCCCUGUCAACCUUGCUUUCACUGUCAAUGAUGCAUACCAUUAUUCUUUUUAAUUAUUUUGGCCCAUGAUGACAUUUUAGUCUGUCUUCAGUAGUUAAAAUAUUAAGCGAUUAUAAAUGAAGAUUUUUUUUUUUGCUGUGGAUUGUGGUGUGGUGUGGACUACGACAACGCUGUCUGAUUUCUUGUUUCCUUCAAAACUGAGCGCGGAACUGAUUGCUACAAAUUAUAAAUGUUUCAAAUGUGUACAAUGUGUGCAUUUAAAAAAAAAAAAGAUGCUUGUAUAUCAGAGUAAUUGCUAUCUAUGUAAGACACUGAACUUUAGGGUGCCUAAUAGUCAUGUCUUUUACAGUUAAAAGAAAUACAUUUUUCAGUUUUCUUUUUAUAAGUUUCAGGUGUCUCCCUUCAACUCAAGGGUUGAGGUUGAGGGAUUCUGGUAGCCUUCAGUGUGUCACCUUUAUCUUGCACAAAGCCUAAAAUGUCUGAUGUGCAAUUGUUUUAGGAGUUAAUUUCCAAAAUGAAUGCUACCCAUUCACAAAUGUCAUCUUUUUCAUGAAUACUUACUCCCACCACCAUUUUGUAAGUAUUCAUUGAGGGGAUUUGGACAUUUACACUUUUCACAAAUGAAUAGCUGGAUAGCCUACUCUCCAUGUAAUUCACCAAUUUGAAUUACAAUCUGGCUGCACAACCUACACUGGUUGGGCUAGUAAACAUUAUUUAUUUACUUAGUCAGAAGUCAUGAAAAAGACCAAAUUAGUGAAUGGAAAGUAUAUAUUUUGUAAAUAAAUCAGGCUUACUAUUGUGCUCUGGACUUGAAACAGGCCAGCUCUGAUGCUUGAGCACUUGUGGUCAUCAGCGAUCCACAGCUUUCAAGAACCUCUUGGCUAUCUACAUGGCAAUACACUUUGGGGGAAAAAAGGAAAAAGUUCUGUGCUUGUAGGACAUCCGUCCUGUUUUCAAUAAAUUCAAUUUCUGUUAA